AUGGCCCUGCCUAUGCCCGAACCAACUAACCCGCCACUCCCGCUUCUCGAUUACAAAGUCAUCUCCUUUGACGUGUACGGCACUCUGAUCGAGUAUAAAGCGCACAUUCUAGACUCGUUUCAGCCCCUCCUCUCUCGUCUCCCGGCAUCGUCACCCUUUCUCGAUCCUACGCCUCUCACGACAACCGUCCCUGACUCCGCCUCCGUUGGCUCCAUCGAGUUUCUGAAGCUGUUUCAGCGCCAGGAAGACGCCAUCAAGCUGGAGAAGCCCGUCAAACGGUUCGAUAGGAUCUUAGCCGAGAUAUGGAGACGCAUUGCCAAAGAACUGGGCGUGGAAAGUAGUGAAGAUGAAGCAAAGCAAUUUGGAAGCGUGGCUGUCAUUUCUGGGUGGCCCACGUUCCCAGGGACCCUCGACGCUCUGAAGAGAUUAAGUAGGCACUAUAGGCUCGUGGCUCUCUCGAACAUUGAUACAUUUGCCUGGCACACUACUUCAAUCUCGGCGGCAAGUCGUCUCCAAGAGGUCGGUUGGUGGAAACUCUUUACUGCAGAGAACUUUGGCGACGAUCCCUCCCGCGCGGAUGACGCAAAACUGGAAACCCUGAUCCAGUUUUGCACUAGCUAUGGUGUCAAGAAAGAGGAAAUUCUUCAUGUUGCGCAGAGUCUCGGCCACGAUCAAGCUCCUGCAAAGCGACUAGGCCUAAGUUCGGUGUGGCUGAUUGGAGAUGGGCCAAAAUGGGGAAAGGAGGCAGAAAGCAAGAUGGCACUCGAAAAGAAGCUGGUGGGAUAUGCGUGGAGGUUCCAGAAUCUCAAAGAGUUUGCGGAUGAGGUGGACAGGGAGGCGGCGAAGUAG